CGAGUUUAUAUCACCCACGGGCUAGGUGAACACCGACAAUAGUACUGGUACCUACCUUACUGUAGUAUUGAAGGGAACAAGACGAAUGAGAUGCCGUCCCAACAAACAUGGCAGCCAAGACUGCUUAGUCACCCUUGAUCAGAUAUCGCGAUCCCUGCUGCGAGUGUCUGGGAGUUUCAUUCAUUCAGCACUUGAACACCACGGCAACUCUAUUCACUGCUCCUUCACACAUUUCUCUUCACAGUUUCCCAUUUUUGAGGCUGGUGCUCAAACCAAGCCUAAUCUAUAGAGAAUCUCGGCUGGUCUUGGCCGUGGCUUUAUUUCCAAGUCGCACCGGCCUUACCUGAGUUUAACUGCAACCUCGAACGUCUGGAGCUUCCUUGCCACGUCCUCCAGGAGAGGCCCGAUACGGACAGAUUUACCUUGGUCGCAGUGUCCUACAUUAUACCUGUCACGUUACUUUUAUUUCACUUCACACCCAUCUCAGUGUGAACGCAAUACCUGCUUGUCACUCUUACAUCAAAAGGACGCUAGGCAUCCAUCAGUCACUAUGGCCGAUCUCGACGCUGAGCUUCUGGCGCUUGCGGGCGGCGACUCUUCUGGUGAAGAGGAGAGCCUGCCACCUUCUCCAAAAGAAAAGUCACCAUCACCACCUCGAUCGAGAAAGCAAACUCGACAAUCUCCACAACCAGAGAUGGCUCGCAAGGGCGUUGCGAAGACGGUCAAGCGGGCUAAACGACGCAAGACGUACUCAGAUGAUGAAGACGAAGCAUCCUCGAUUUCGCAACGUUCAGACUCUGCCUCCAUGUCGCAAUCCGACUCCGAAGCCGACUUCAGCCCUGGGGCGGACAAACCGAUCUUCCCCUACGAGAAACUCUAUUAUGACGCUGAAGACAAGGCACGCAUAGAAGCGAAACCUGAAAUUGAACGAGAAGAGAUCCUGGCGCAACGAAGUGAACAAGUGGAACGUCAUGAGCAAGACCUAACCCUUCGGCGACUGGUGGCGGCCCGGGCAAGGGAAGAGGCCAAAAAUGCCGCAAAGAACAAACGAAAGGCCAGCGCAGCUGAUCUGGAGGAGACUCAGCGAAAGAGCACGCGCCAACGUACGAAGGUAGGAGGCGGACGAGCGGGCGAAGCAAGCAGUGCAAUCGAAGCCUACAAACAGCAGCGAGCCGAAAAGGUUCUACGGGAGGAGCAGAGGAAAAAGGAAGGCCUGAACCGGAGACCUGCAUCUCCUCGAGACGACUACAGCGAUGCAGAUGCUGAAGGGGAGAGUGACAACGACUAUGAUGACCAUAAGUACAAGAAGCGAUCUCCAAGCCCACCCAAAGACGAGCCGAUUGUCGAACUUGCCGAUAUUCAAAGAGCACGGGUUGGUCGUGAUAACUUUGCACAAGUAUGCUACACGCCGGGGUUCCAGGAGGCCAUUACAGAUUGUUACGCUCGAGUGUGCAUUGGGCCGGGCAGCAAUGGUGUCAACGAUUACCGACUUUGUCUGAUCAAGGGAUUUACGAAGGGUAGGCCGUAUGCCAUGAUUGGUACUAACGGCCGACCUUUUCCUGUUGACAUGUAUGUCAUUGCGGCGCAUGGCAAGUCUGAGAGACCGUGGUCUUUUCUGGAAUGCUCGAUGUCCAAGUUCACUGAUGACGAAUGGCGCCGAUACCGGACGGUCAUGGCUAAUGAAGACCUGAAACUGCCCACCAAGCGGUUCAUCAACCAGAAACUCGAGCAAAUCAACCGGCUGCUGGCACAUCGUUUCACCGAGGCCGAGAUUUCGGAAAAGAUCAAGAUACAGAAUGACCUGCUCGAGAAGAUCACUAGGUCCCAAGAGAAGGAAGAUCUCAAGUCGAAGAUCAAACAAGCUCUGGAGGAUGGAAACGAAGAACUCGCCCAGGAGCUUGAACAUCAACUCGCCAACAUUGUUCCAAUGAAGUUGGCAUUCGGUACCAGUCUAUCUCGCUCGGACACGGGACAUGUCAACCCGGAUCAAGAACGUCUUGCGGAGCUGAACCGAAGAAAUCAAAGACUGAACGCGGAGAAUGUUCGUAAGGCUCAGCUUGCGGAAAUCAGAGCAAGAAAGGUCAAAAAGCACCUCGCUCCAGGUGUAGAUGAACUCUUCGAAGGAGGCAGUGACAUCAGUCGGACUGGUACGCCCAUCAAUGGUGCUGGGACUCCAAAGGUUGCUGCGAGCAUCUCACGAACUGGUACCCCAAAUCCCAUUAGUCUAUCGAAUGGUACUACGAAGAGCUCGACCCCGGUCCCUACCACUGUACUCAAGCCGGUUGACAAGAAGAAAGGCCUGCCUGUUAUUCGGAAGGCGGCAUUGGACGAUGAAAUAUUGGCCAACAUGGAUUUGGGCAUCGAUAUUGAAAUCUAACUGAACGACGAUCCUUGGGGCUUCGUCUGGGAGUGGAGUCUGUCAGUCGGAAGUACUUGCAUAGUAUUCUUCCUCCUUUCCUGGCUCGUUUCAACAUCGAGAGUCUUUUUCAUCAGGGCCGACCUGGCUUAGAUAAUCCCGACCGAGCGUGGAUCAGGAUCUCAUCAACAAGCAUUGAUGACAUUGGGGACAGCCUUUUCUUCCAUAGGUGUCGAGUUCUCUCUCGUCAAACUCUUCACGUCUAUCACACUUGCCUGUCAUUGUUUGCACACAUUGAGUGUCUCUGUUCUACUUGUUCAUCUCUCGUGUGCGGCCAUGUUAGCGUUGGGUAUCAGUAAUGUUUGUGUGCCUGAUCAAACCAUCUGUCUUUCACGGUUUGCAUUCCUUUAGAGUUUUGUAUUUAAGACACACACAUGUUUUUAUGCCAGACGCCUCUCCCAUGCCUUUUCUGCACCAUCACCGCGUCUUGUUCCUGUCAGCAUACACAUGCAGCGUCGUCAAGUGACUCAGGAGGGCUGCACAUUCCCUGCCUCACUUUCUCUGAGACGGAUUACAUUCAAAGACGGCCGCCUCAUACUCCUGUGGAUCUCCAUACCCCUUACCAACUCAAGUGACCAAAACAUCUCCUCACAUAUCGACCGGACGUACUCGAAUCAAGAAAGAGCAGGAAGACGAUAUGGUUCAACCGAGCAGCGUCAAAGCCGGAUCGCCAGUCCGAUCUCGAUACCGAUUUCGAAGUUGGACACGGACACACCAGCACGAACCACAUCAGGUGCGCAGGCUCCUAAUGCUGUCGCCGGUCAUGGAGUAGUGUUUGACGACUCCUGCCAGUGUUGACCGUGGUGGUCUUCCAGCAAACCCUUUUCAAACACCCACCAAUUCCAGUUCAGAUCAAAGGGGCCCCGAGCGCGAGUGCAAACGCAUCCGCAUCCACAGCCCCGGUAGAGCGACAACACGCAAUACGGAGUAAUCAUACUCAUACACCAACCAAGUUUAAGUUUUCCUCCCGAAAUUGAAGUUGCCGCUGAACAAGUACGAUCUUGCCUUUGCCCCGACCAAGCUUCUCCGGACUGUGUCAGAGAAUCAUUCGACCACAUCGCGGCCGCAGCUAGUAUUAAAACUUGAAAAAGCUCAGAGGGAGGAUAAGGCUAACCGAGAUGACCCUUCCGUCUUUUGACCGGGCUUUUAAUGCCUUUGAGGGUAUUAAGGAACCACGAAAGCAGGAAAAGAAAAGGAUGAAGUAUGAAAAAAUCCCUCGAGAACCUCUGUCUGCUAGGUAUUGUCGAUGGGUCCUAUGAGCGUGCUGUUUGCGAGUCGAGGACGUGGAGGUCGAGAGGGAUAAGGUGGGGUUCAGGUCGGCUCCACGGCCGCUUCAACUUGUGCCGAAGGGUGGUGAUGUUACUGCUUGCUGCUCUUGCGUUGAUUGUGGCGGGGCCAUUUGUUUGGUGUGAAAGGGGGUCUGGUCGAAGGAUUGAAUCCCGAAUCUUGAGUUUUACAGAUUAGAGAACCUAAGAGAACCACUGGCAGGAUGGGUGAAUGAGAGUUUGCCUUUUCGAGGGGAGGCAGAAGACCCUCCACUAAGGUAGCUGAGGGAUCGGAUCGCUGGCGGACUCAAUGGCAGAUAGGCGGCGCAUGCGGAAACAGCAAGGAGGCAGAGCUGAAGAAGCGGAUGAAGACGAGCGCGGCGCGGUGCCUACCGCUAGAAUUAUGUUUGCUCAGAACGAUCGGAGAGCGCUCUCCUCAGCUUGCUGGCCAUGAGACCUAUAUACCAUAGUUUGUCGAUUGACUAAUGCAGGCCGUGCUGGAGAAUGGAGACAGGGAACAAUCAAUGCAUGAGGUCGAAUUCACCCAAGAUCAAGAUAGCUCGAGAUAGAUCAAGAUCUCUCUGCCUG